AUGAUUAAAUCUCUACGUUUGUUUCGUUCAGUAUGUAAUUCAAGAUGGUUCUACAAUACAGCAAUGAUUCUUUUCCUUAACAAAAAAGAUAUAUUUGAAGAAAAAAUUAAAACAACUUCAAUUCAAUGCCUAUUCAAAAAUUAUAUGGGUAAAUUAUUUUUUAUAAACAAUCAGUUAUUGGUGGGAUAG